AUGCUCGGGAGAUCAUUGCAGGUGACGGUGCUGCUGAUAGACUGGUGUUAUAUUACAAUACAAAUCAUAAUUCCUGUUUCACAACUCCUGUUGUGGGUUUUAAGGUGUGCUUGGGCGGUCCUGCCCCAGUGUUAGUACAGCGCGGGCAGAGCAGCACAGGCACAGGGGCAGGCGGGAGCAUCGCCGGCCCGGGCUCCCUGGGCAUCAGGGCACGCACAGCCUCCCCGUGUCCUGGACUGGAGGAUAUUUGCCGGGUUUCUGCAGGCAGGACCGCGUCACAGCUGGAUGAACAUGGAUUUAGCCUCCGAGCAGCUGAAUGGCGGAGGUCCCAGCACAAGACACAAAGCCUCCACAGCACUGGACUCCUUCAAGCGGAUUGGCCUCCCCAUCCUGGCAGCGGUGCUCAGCCUCGCCUGCCUGGCUACGGUCGGGUUCCUGGUCAAGGUUUACCUGGACUACCACUACUUCUUCUGCAAACAGCCCCUGAAGCUGGUGUCACUGAAGCAGGUGUGUGACGGGCAGGUGGACUGUCUGGAGGGCGAGGAUGAGGCCAGCUGUCCCCAGUGGGUCCCUGAGGGGCCACCAGCUGGGGCCCGCGUUUCCAAAGACAGAUCCAUCCUGCAGGUGCUUAACAGAAACACCGGAGCCUGGUCCUGCAUCUGCCACGACCACUUUGACCUGGUGCUGGCAAAAGCAGCCUGUGAGCAAAUGGGCUACAGGAGCACCCCCACUUUCCGGGCGGUGGAGGUGGGUGCAGGGCAGCCUCUGCCUCCCCGCGAGGUCGUGCUGAGCAACGGCAGCCUCCAGAUGCCCGAGCCGGGCAGGAAAUGCCUCUCUGGGUCGGUUGUUUCGCUCUUUUGUUCCAGUAAGUAUCAUGAUGCCGUUUGCACCUUGCGGGCACGCAGGGCCUCCUGCCACCGCUCCAGCUGGGCCCUGACGGCAGCACACUGCUUCAAGAAUAACCCCAUCAUUCAGAGCUGGCGCGUGAAGGCCGGAUCUGACCUCCUCUCAAGCACCGCCACCCUCGCUGUGGAGAAGGUCUUCCUGGCUAAGGUGAUGCCCGCGUCUCCCAAGGACAAUGACAUUGCCCUGGUGAAGCUGCGGUCUCCCCUGCGUGUCUCAGCCUCCCUCCCCGACCCUACACGCUUGGCUGUCUCGGCUCUGGCAGCAGCUGGGAAAUGGAUCUCAAGCCACGGAAGGUGCUGGGCCCAUGAGAAAUGCAGCGAAGGCAGGAGCCUCUACCUCUACGGCGAGUUUUGUGCAUCCUUGCUCUGCUCCAGAAACCUUCUGCAUGAGGCCGGCUUCCCUCCUGCCUGCUCCAGCUCGGCAUCGCCAGAGUCGGAUGAGAAGCCCCAAGCUCCUCGCAGCCUCUACCCCCCAGGCACGCUGGGAUCUCGGCCACCCACCACCCCGCACCACCGGGAGCGCACUGAACACGGCACAGCACCCACCUGGCUGCAGACCAGGAGCAGAGCAGGCGGCUCCCUCUGUCCUGGCGGCAUCCCAGUCCGAGUCCGCAAGAAGCUCCCAGUCCCCACGGCAGCCGAAGUCUUUUCCGAGAAGCAGUGCAGGUUGCAGGCACGUGUGUAA